AUGGAGGAGGAGCUGUUGCUGCUGCAACAUCAGUUCCAGGCGGCUCAAGAAAUGGACGUCGCAAGUCUGCUCUGCUUGUGCUCAUGCAUCAUUCUUUGUCGCGUUCAUUACAUCAUCACCCAACGGCAGAUGGACGAGGAAUUGUCGCUGCUGCAGCAGCAGUUCCAGGCGGCCCAGGAGAUGGACGAGGAGUUGUUGCUGCUGCAGCAGCAGUUCCAGGCGGCGCAGGAGGUGAAAGCAGCGACCAGGCUGUCGGAGAGGAACGUGGUGGAGCUGGUGUCCAAGCUCACUGCCAUGGGGCUGCUGGGAGACGACCUCCUGUACUCGCUUAACGGGAAGGAAUACAUUACUCAGGAGCGACUGCAGCAGGAGGUGGAGGAGGAGGUGCGGCGACGUGGCAGAGUGUCAUUGGUGGACUUAGGAACGCUGCUGAACGUUGACCUCUUCUACUGUGAGCGGGCGGCAAAGAGCAUUCUAGAAACUGCCAAGGCGCAGGAGCAACCUUGGGUGCAACUGGUGCAGGGCGAGCUGAUAACACACGAAUACUGGGACGGGGUGGCAGAUGAGGUGGAUGCCGCCCUGCAGGAGAGCGGACAGGUGGCGGUCUCUGAUUUGGCGAUGCGCUUCAAUGUGGGCGCCGAGCUCAUGGCCUCCAUUCUCUCAUCGCGCCUCGGAUCGCGGAUCCACGGCACCAUGAGCAGCGGGCAGCUAUUCACAGGCGCGCACAUGGCUCGCAUGCGCGCUGCUGUGAGGGGCGCAGCGCGCGCUCUUACCGAGGCGGCUAAUAUGGCGGAUAUCUGGCCGUCUGUGGCCCGGGAGCUGGGGAGGGACUAUGGGAGGGAGUAUGGGGAUGGGAUGGAGGCAGCAGCCAAGGGGGAAGCUGCAGGGGGAGCAGAAGGUGGAGGGGCAGGCGGAGGGGGAGUAGGGGGAGCCGGAGUAGGGGGAGGGGGAGGGGGUAAGGCGGAGGCAGUGGGGGCGGCAGAGGCGGCGCUGUUUGCGCGGGUGUUUGGGGAGUGUGUGGCGGAGGGGGAGGUGCGGGGGAGCAGCAAGGGCGGGGGCACGGGAUGGGUGCCGGAGAUAUUCGCGCAGCUGCAGAGGCAGAGCGUUGAAGCGUUCUUCUCACAGAACGCCUUCAUAACCUUCUCUGCAGUGCGGCAGCUGGGCAUCCCCCAGCCCCGGCAGUACCUGGAGUCACUGUUUCCCGACAAGAGCAGCGCGCUGCUGCUGGACUCCACACUUGUCCACUCCUCAUUGGUUCACCAGCUGGAUGCUGCUGUGGAAGAGGCGAUAGCUGCCAAGUCAUGCUGGAUGCUGCUGUGGAAGAGGCCAUCACAGCCAAGUCAUGGUGGGUAUGUGGGUGGCCUGGGAAUUGCUGUAGGGAAGACUUGUGCUGCUGCUGGACUCGACACUUGUCCACUCCUCAUCGGUGCACCAGUUGGACGCUGCCGUGGAAGAGGCAAUCGCUGCAAAGUCAUGCUGGAUGCUGCUGUGGAAGAGGCAAUCGCAGCCAAGUCAUGGUGGGUGGGUGUGUUGGUGGCAGGGGAACUGCAGUUGUG